UUUAGAUGCUGUCGAAUCAGAACCAGGUGGGACUGCAGUGAUUGGAUGUCGUGCAGGCAGCGCUCUCUGCAUACAGGUGGUGGUGGACGGCAGUGAGACUUCGGCUGUGUUACAGCAUCUCCACUCUCUCACUGAGUACCAGCUGGCUGUGUUUGCUGUGUACGCAAACGAGGCAAGUGAAGCUCUGAGAGGAUCAGAAAUAACCCUGGGCCUUCCCGCGGUGACGACCCUUCAGCUGUUAGAUGUGACUCACAGCACCAUGAAAGCAAGAUGGAACAGUGUGGAGGGAGUUUCUGGCUACAUGCUGCUGUAUGCACCACUUACAGAUGAUGGAGACGUAGUCGAGAAAGAGGUGCUGGACACAGUGACAGAGCUGGAGCUCGAUGGAUUGACCCCUCUCACCGAAUACACCGUCACUGUUUAUGCCAUGUACGGGAAGGAAGCUAGUGACCCCAUGAUAAACAAGAAAUCUACAUUACCACUGAGUCCCCCCACUAACCUCCAGUUCUCUGACAUCACUCACAACUCCGCCCACAUCAGCUGGGCCCCCGUUCCCAGAGGAGUUAAAGGUUAUCAAAUCGUGUGGAUCAAGACAGACGGACUGGUCAGGGAGGAGGUGGAGUUGGGUCCAGACAACUUGUAUGAUCUCAGUGAAUUGACGUCUCUGAUGGAGUAUUCAGUGGCUAUCUUUGCCCUGUACAAGGAGGGCCAAUCAGAGGCACUCACAGACCGGUUCACUACCACUCCAGUUCCAGGUCCAUUGGAUCUACGCCCCAGUAAUGUCGGCACGGACAGCUUCCAGGUCAGCUGGGAUCACUCAGCCAAUGACAUCGUCCUCUACAGACUCUCCUGGGCACCGUUCACAGGUGGCGACACAAAGGAAGUUGUCCUGAGUGGAAUCGAUAACCGAUACACGCUGACUGGUCUGAGUCCAUCGACUGAGUAUGAAGCGAUGUUAACGGCUGUAUUCAAAGAUGAAUCCGAAAGUGAUACCGUCUCCGUCAUAGAGACCACGUUGGCCGAGACAACAACGAUUGCUACCACAGCAACACGUCAGACCGUGAGAAACCUUCUGCUGCGUGACGAGACCACGCAGAGCAUGGAGGCCUCAUGGGAGCUGCAAGACCCCCACGUGGAAAGCUACAGGGUCUCCUACGCUGGCCUCAGGGGCAACCGCCGAGAGGAGUCGGUGUUAGUUCCUGGUGUUCAGAUGAGAGCAGUACUUCAGCCUUUACUACCAGACACCCAGUACAAAGUGACAGUCACACCAGUGUACACGGAUGGACAAGACGGCAUCAGCGUCUCAGCGCUCGGGUUCACAUUGCCUCUCUUGUCUCCUGGAAACCUACGUGUGUCAGAGGAGUGGUACGAUCGCUUCAGGGUCACCUGGGAUUCACCUGAGUCGCCUACAGUUGGUUACAGGAUUGUAUACCAGCCCAUCAAUGUCCCAGGACCAUUUUCGGAGACCACAGUGGGUGACAACGUGAACUCCAUGCUUCUUCUGAGUCUACUAAGUGGGACGGAGUACAGUGUUCAAGUGACGGCUUCCUACCCCACAGGACAGAGUGAACCACUGCUAGUCAAUGCCAAGACAUUGUUCCUCGGUGUCUCUGGUAUGUCAACCUACCAGGUGCGUCCCAACAGCCUUUGCGUCCAAUGGCAGCCCCUUCUGCGUGCCACCUUGUACAGAGUCUCCAUACAGUCUACGCUCAAUGGUCAGAGACAGGAAGUGAGCCUAGGAGGUGGUGCUUCACGACAGUGCUUCUAUGACCUCACCCCCAGCAGCCAAUACCAGAUCAGCAUUCACACCCAGCUGCAGCAAAUGGAAGGACCUUCUGUUUCCAUCACUGACAUGACACUGCCAGUGCCCACUCAAGCCCCGAGAGAACUCCCCACCACAGAGCCCCCACCCACAAUCCCCCCUGCUAAAGAAGUGUGUAGGGAGGCCAAGGCAGACCUGGCGUUCCUUGUCGAUGGUUCAUGGUCCAUCGGAGACGAUAACUUCAUGAAGAUCACACGUUUUCUCUACAGCACCAUGGGAUCACUGGAUCUGAUCGGCCCAGACGGUACCCAGGUGGCCAUCGCUCAGUUCAGCGACGAUGCUCGGACAGAAUUCCAGCUGAGUUCCCAUGGCAACAAAGAAGCGCUGCUGGAAGCUAUCCAGAGGAUCAGAUACAAGGGAGGAAACACAAAGACAGGUCGAGCCAUCAAACAUGUGAAGGAGUCUAUUUUCAUCCCGGAGGCCGGAGCAAGACGCGGCGUGCCUAAAGUCCUGGUUGUCCUCACUGAUGGACGUUCCCAAGAUGAUGUCAACAAAGUGUCGAAGGAGAUGCAGAUGGACGGAUAUAUCAUCUUUGCCAUUGGCUUUGCGGACGCUGACUACGGGGAGCUGGUGAAUAUUGCCAGCAAGCCCAGUGAUAGACACGUCUUUUUUGUGGACGAUUUGGAUGCCGUGAAGAAAAUAGAAGAACAGCUCAUUACUUUUGUCUGUGAGGCCGCCACUGCCACUUGUCCAUCGGUUUUGAUGAGUGGCAACACAAUGGCUGGUUUCCACAUGAUGGAGAAGUUUGGCCUAGUGGAGAAGGAGUACAGCACCAUAGCCGGCGUUUCUCUGGAGCCGGGUUCAUUCAACAGCUUCCCCUGUUACAGAUUGCACCGUGACGCCCUGGUGUCCCAGCCCACCAAGUACCUUCAUCCAGAAGGUUUACCAUCUGACUACACCAUUUCUAUGAUGCUGCGGCUGCUUCCUGAGACCCCGGAGGAGCCCUUUGCAUUGUGGGAAAUCCUCAACAAAGACGACGAGCCAUUGGUCGGACUUAUCCUGGACCACUCUGGAAAGACCUUGACCUUCUUCAACCACGACUACAAAGGACACUUUCAGACUGUCACUUUUGAAGGAACUGAAAUAAAAAAAAUCUUCCAUGGCAGCUUCCACAAGCUUCAUGUAACCAUAAGCAAGACAGCCGUGAAGGUGGUGCUAGAUUGUUCUGAAGUUGGGGAGAAAUCUGUCAGUGCUGCUGGUAACAUCACUACGGAUGGAGUAGAGAUCCUCGGAAGGAUGAUUCACUCCAGAGGCAGACGGCACAACUCUGCUCCAUUCCAGCUCCAGAUGUUUGACAUCAUCUGCAGCACUUCGUGGGCCAGCAGAGAUAAGUGUUGCGAGCUGCCGGCCUUAAGAGUUGAGGAGCAGUGCCCCUCAAUGCCGCAUGCCUGUACCUGUUCCCAGGAGAGCAAAGGGCCUCCAGGACCUUCCGGACCCCCUGGCGGUCCAGGCAUACGAGGAGCCAGAGGAGAUCGAGGAGAGUCAGGGGUGACGGGACCUCAAGGACCAGUGGGAGAGAUCGGCCCUUCUGGACCCUCAGGGCCGCCUGGUCCUCAGGGACCCAGUGGUCUCUCCAUUCAGGGACCACCGGGUGCUGCGGGGGGAAAGGGAGAGCGAGGAGAGAUUGGUCCAGCCGGGCAAAUGGGGGUUCCUGGAAGCUCAGGCUCCCCCGGGAGAGAUGGCCCUCCAGGAGCAAGGGGUCUGCCAGGUAAUAGUGGACCACAGGGAACACAAGGGCCUCCUGGACCUGUUGGAGCACCAGGAGCACCAGGAGCUCACGGACCUGUUGGUUCUGCAGGCACUGAAGGAGAUCAAGGACUUCCUGGUCCUUCUGGUACCAAAGGUGAUAAGGGAGAAAGAGGUGAUGUGCAAUCCCAAGCUGCUGUGCGUGCGAUAGCACGGCAAGUGUGUGAGCAGCUCAUCCAGAGCCACUUGUCUCGCUAUAACUCCAUACUGAACCAGAUCCCCGUCCAGUCAGCAACGUCAGUCCGAACAGUACCAGGACCACCCGGGGAGCCGGGGAGGAGAGGCUCCCCCGGCCCCCAGGGAGAGCCAGGGCCAGCCGGCAGGCCGGGCUUCCCCGGGGCCAGCGGCCAGAACGGACGUCCUGGAGAGAGAGGUCUUUUGGGAGAGAAGGGAGAGAGAGGGAGCCCAGGAAUUGGAAGUCAGGGACCCAGAGGACAAUCUGGACCUCCAGGCCUGCCAGGCGAGGGACGGACAGGCAGCCAGGGCCCCCCCGGGCGGCCUGGUAACCCUGGAACACCGGGGAGGUCGGGGAAUCCAGGGGCCCCCGGAGCCGCCGGCCCGCCAGGGUACUGUGACCAGAACUCCUGUCUGGGGUACAACGUCGGAGUUCAACAGGACUAUGGGAAUGAUUACUGAGGAACAUCCUUCGACCAUCCUCUCCUCACCUUCCUCCACUCUGUGCCCUUCACAUAUGACUACAAACUAAGAAGAAUUGAUACAUUAUUCCUUUAUGUCCUCCAUAUUUCUAAUGGUUCAUUAAUUCUGUUUAACCUCUAAUUCCACAUUUUGAUUCUCCAGAAAACAAUUUCCUUAUUCAUUUUUGCUGAUUCUUUUGCAAAAUGAUCUGGAUUUUAUAAGGCAACUAAUCCAACAAGCAAUCUGUGUUUUCAUCCACUUUCAGUCUUUGUGCCAACAAUGUACUGUGAUUCAUUGCCAUGAAUAGACACUGGAUUCAUUUCCAUCAUCAGUUAACAUUCUUGAUAGAAUUUAAUUGUUAAUCUGGCUUCUUCAUCAUUUGACAGUCUGUGAGACAAAAACGGAUUUGCUUUCCUUCCCCCAAGACCAAACAAAACCCCAUCAAGCUGCUGCAAUGAUCACCACCACUGAUCUCUGUGGCAUCUGUCAACAAACACUAGCGUACACAAUGGUUUGCUGCUGCAGUUACUGAUGGAUCAGCUUAAUAGGGAUGAAUUGCUUUGAUGCUAAUCUGGUGCAUUCAUUACUGAACAACAACUGUCAGUCCAUCUCAUGUAUUGUAGACCGGGGAAAGGUUUUCCCCUAAUGUCACCCAGAUGUGAUUGUUUUGGGGACAAUAUAGUGUUGAAACCAGACUUCCUUCCAUUUCAUUAACCCCACUUCCUCAUUAACGUAAACUUUUGGAAUCAAAUAAAUAAACAGUGGUAGCAUUCAAGUUGGUUCUAGUGCCAAUGUCACCUUUCCAACUGUCCCUGUGGUGGUGGUAGUGGUUUUAUGUCAGCUCCGGUGAUCUGGAAACAUUCACUCAAAAUGAAUCUAAAUAUUCCUACAACCUCAGUCCAACCCCUUCCUCACGGCGGCGUGCAGCCCUACAAUCAGCCGCACAACCCUGCUGCAGUGGCUUACGACAAUGGAGGAGAGGAUGAGGAGGAGGAGGAGGAAGAGCAGGACCCCUAUUACCGCGGUUACCCCCCUCAGUACUACCCCCAACAACCUUCCCAACUGGCUCACGGCCACAAUGGUUACCACUCAAGCCCCAGCCACUCCGAGGACACGGAGGUGAGGUCGCCGGGCAUCGCCAGGAGGUUUUCACGUGGCUUUGUUGUGUGAAUGAGGAGAGGACUUUAGAGGAAUUAUGGACACGCCUUAAGUGCUUGAGCCCCGCACGCCACAAUGUACACACUGAUAACCAUACAUGGAAACACAUCAGACACUGACAUGCACGCACACAUCGUCCCCAAUCUGGAACUGUGGUUUGGUGAGCCCCCCCCCUUGUGCAUCCAGUGGUUUUCUCAACUUGCUGAAACAAUGUAAAUAGCUCUGUGGACUUGUACAAUGACUCUGUAAAAGGGGUGUCUGAGAAGUGCCUGAUCUAUGUUAGCAUCGUCCAGUCGUAAUGUAAAGAUCAGUUUUUUCCACCUCACAGCUGAUUCCAGGACUGCCCCUUUGUGCGAAGCUGCAUGUCUCCUUUGAGCCAAACAUUGGGUGUGUAACUGGACACAUGCAUCUUGUUUUGGAUUUAUGUUACAUGCUAGAUAAUUAUACAAUUUGAAUGGCGGAUGUUGAGCUGGUAAUACUUGUACAGGCUGCUUUUUAUAACGAUAAAUCACGAUGCAGUCAGUAUUUCAGUGUAAACGAAUAACAAAAUGUUUUUGAAGUGGGUUUUUUUGUAAAAUAUUGUUUGAUUCUUCUUAUUACUGGACUUGAUCCCCCCAAAUGUAGCGUAGAAGCAUCACAUUUCUGUCAUGUCUAAUUUUACCGUAACACUGUGCAACACAAUCAAAUGUAUUACUUUUUUUCAUUCAGAAAAUAAUUCUAGCUUGCAUCCGACUUUGUGCUGCAAUGUUUCCUUCAGUUGGCUUGAGUGCAAAGAUGGACAAGGUGUUCUUUGUUUUAAUGCUUAUUUAGACGAAUUUCUUGUUUCCCCCUUAUGUUUCGAUUUUAUUGUUUUCAUGCAAAGUUGGGCCUGCUCACUGUGGAAGCUGUCUAGUCACUGGUUGACCUCUGACUUCUUGCUGGAAUGAGACUUGAAUCCAGUUAUUAUGAAAAUCCCUCAGCUGCUUCUCAGUGAAACCAACAAGGACUGAACCUCGAGGGUUAGCGCCCCCCCUCCUGCACUGCAGAAAACAAGCACUAAAGUAGCUGGAAGUUAAGCUGUGAGCUGGCCCGGGUCUACUUUGCAUUUAAAAAUUGUCAAGCUUCAACAAAUUUAAUAAGAAAUGUCUCGCCACAACGCCCCUUAGUACAAUAUGAACUUAUUUAUUUUGUUUGCUUUUAUAACCAAUAAAUCUGUAUUAAAACUAUAAAAUGUGUUUUAGAUCAUUUGUUGAACGUUACUCUGUUAAAAUGUUAAACAAUUUACAAAGUUUAUGAAAAAACAUGACAA